AGCUCCUUUGAGCCUUCCCCUUCUUCCCUUCCUCUAUUCCAUGCUUUUUUCUCUCCCAAUUUUUUCAGUUUAGCACUUAUCUGCUUUGAGAUCUAUGGAUUUUCUCAUUGACCCUUUUGAAUAACACCCUCAUUUACUGUCUCUGUUAACCAAAUAUUUCGGUAUUCUCUCCCAGACUCUGCAAAACCCAAAAAUGGAUUCUUUCAAUCUUGCAAAUCUCAAAGCCGGAAAAGCUAAUGCAAUCAUGAAACAACAAAAGUUCCGAAGGAUUGCCAACUUGUUUCGUCUUGUUGAGGUUUGUGUUUUUCUGAUCUUACUCUCAAGGAUUUCCUUCCAGGUUCCGGUUGCAGUCAAGAACUCCGGCGACUACUUUCGUGGCUUCUCGGUCUUCAUGGUCAGUCCCCGGUUUGUAUUCGUGAUCGGAAACAUCAUCAUCAUCACACUCUUUGCUCAGUCAGGCCAAUUCACAGCUCGUGGUUCUAAAUCCAAGAGUUUAGAGAGUGAUCUUUACCAACAGUUCAUCCAAAACAUCACAAAGAAUCAGAAAAUCAAAGAAGAACAGAACAACUUCCCAGAAAAACACAGCAUAAGAACAGAGGAUGAAGGAAAUCAGAAACACCCAGAAAAUGAUAGUACAAUAGCCGAGGAUCCCACAAAGGAUCAGAAAACAGUUAUUAACGAAGCAAAUAAAAAUCACCCAGAAGGCAUGAAAAAGGAGAUAUUCGACGAAGGAAAGAUCAAGUGGUUAAAGAAAGAGAAUAUAAGGACAAGGGAUAGGAAGGGUUUGGAUUACAGAAGGUGUGAGACACAGAAAUCAAUGGAAUUCGAGAGAGAGAAACCUGGGAGUGUGCUAAGAAGAUCAGAGACAGAGAAAAUCACAAUUUCAAACGAAGAGGAUGGCAUGAGCAACGAGGAAUUUCGCCGAGCUGUUGAAGAAUUCAUUGCUCGGCAACAGAAAUUGCGAAGGGAAGAAGAGAACUCUAUAAUUUGAAUUUUCAAUACACGGUUACCGUUAGCAUGUAAAUUUACUUAUUUCUAGCUGUAAUUACAGCUUUUUUUUAUUGUUUCUUUUUUUUUUUUUUAAGUUUCAUCCAAGUCAUAUUAUAUUAUCUGUGUAAAUAGGUGUGGAAAAGACUGUAUGAAUGCUGGUGAAAAAAAGAAAAAAAGAAAUGACUGUAUGAAUGUAAGUUUCUUUUCCUUUUUUUUCGUCCAAAA